AUGACUUCCCAGCUUGAAGAUGGGGUGGACUCCCAAUCUACUAUAACUGAAAAAGAAUUAAGAAACUUAAUAAAAGAAGCAAAUGAAAUUUUAAAUUUAUUCGAAACAAAUCACCAAACUGAUUUAGCUACACAUUUAUAUUCUACAUUCCUAUUAAAAAAUCUAUUAAGAAGAUCUAAUAGGAAAAAAUAUCCUCAAGAAAUUGAUGCUUAUAUUAAGUCUAAUAUUAAAGAUAGCUGGACUUCUUGGCCCAAUAAGAAAAAUAUCAUCGACCCAAUGACUGAUUCUGUUUAUCAAGAUCAUCUGUUAGUAGAAAGACCAUUUAAGAAUGCAUUCCUAAAACCAAAUAUACAAGAUAUCAAAUCUACUAACUCCUCUUCAGAUGAGCAGCUUCCUAUGAAACAUGUUUCUGUAGAGGCGUUAGAACAUGGAAAAGAUAUGUUAGCAUUAGAAUUAAAUUCAUGGUGGCAGAAAUUGAUACUGAAAAAUUCUAGCAAGCAUAUCACAUCUCCUGAUAUAAAUCUCUUGAAUAUCCCUGAUGAUAUUAACUCUAGGAUAUUCGAUAAAUUGGACAAAUUAUUUGAGAAUUUGAACAAUAAUUUUGUUAUAUCUAGGAAAAAAAACUCUUAUGAGAAUCCAGUACGACAAUAUUUGGAUAAGUUGAAUACUCUAGAUGUUAUUCAAAACAAUACCCUAAAGAAAAUAGAAAAUGAUUAUCUUAGAAAAAGUUCACUGGGGAAAUCGUUAUCAUAUGCCAAUAAUGCUCCAAUGAAUAUUACUUUUCAAGAUAUAAUUAAUAUGGGUUGUCAAAUGAACGAAGAUAUGACUAAUAUUUAUAAGAAAUCUUUAAAAUUAUAUCAAGAUUUACCAAUUGAAUUUAAAAAAAACCAUUUAAACUAUCAAAGACGGUUUUAA